AUGCGCAGAAUUCGUUCCUUCGUUUAUUACGUUAUUAUUAUUGUUGGGGCACUGGUUGUUUCCAAGUUUAUUUUCAGCAUCGCAACAUAUACUGUGGGAUAUAAGCUGGACGACGACUUGAAGUAUCGUCGGCAACUGUUAAAUUUGCAAAAGUGUGGUACGUCGUUUAGCGAACGAGUGUGGUACGUUCGAAGUGUGGUAAGUCGUUUAACGAACGAUUUGCAACGGGUGCGAAAUGCUUUGGAUAAAGAACAUCGUUUAGAAACAGUCAUUUUGACAAUUGCCUGUAAUCGUUUUGAGGCGUUGAAGGAACAUCUCGAAUCAUUGAAAAAUUUAAAAGGACCCAAGAUUCCGAUUGUUGUCAGUCUUGAUUGCAAUGAUGAUGUAAUACGUGAUCUUAUCCUUAAUGCCGGCCAUAAUAUUACUCUAAUAGAAAAUCCGGACCAAUCUCCAUUCAAUCUAACUAAACAGAAAAGAAAAUAUGAAGGUUAUUAUCGAAUUGCGAGACACUAUCAUUUCGCCCUGGAUUAUGUCUUCGGCAUCUUAAAAUAUCAAAGUGCUAUUAUUACCGAAGACGAUUUACUACUGGCUCCGGAUUUUCUGGAAUAUAUGUUGGCAAGUAGAAAGUUGUUAUUCGAAGAUCCAACAAUUUGGUGUAUAUCAGCAUGGAACGAUAACGGAAAGAAAGAACUCAUUGCGAAGAAUAACUCUUUGCUGCAUCGGACUGAUUUCUUUCCAGGUCUUGGUUGGAUGCUGACAUCACAAUUAUGGGAAGAACUGAAAGUAAAGUGGCCCGAAACAUUCUGGGAUGAUUGGAUGCGUGAACCAGCUCAACGUCAAGGACGAGUAUGUAUUAGACCUGAAAUAUCACGUACGGGUAUCAGUUUGAGAGGCAAAAAGGGUGUCAGCAAAGGCCUUUAUUACGAGAAACACUUAAAACAUAUUAUGGUCAAUACAGAUUUUUUUCAUUUCUCUCAAUCUGAUUUGUCUUAUUUAAAAAAAGACAAUUAUGAUCCUGCCNAUAAAGCAGUUCCUGCUACUUUGGAUGAAAUUUUGAAAGGAAGGUUUUCAAAUGGUACUGUUUUGCCGGAAAAAGUGCGUUUGUUGUAUAUGUCUUCGGCU